AUGGCCAAACGAUCCACUCGAAGACUUUCCAUUCUCGGCUCUAUGAAGGACUUUUCCAAGUACUUCCUAGAUGAAAUCUUAACUGCCGGCCAAGGCGAUCAACACCAAAAAUAUACUAAGCAUAAAAUGGAUCUAAAUGGAGUUGAUAUCAAAGAAACAAACAAGCCCCAUCGCCCAGAACUUGAAGUUCUCUUUCUAUGUAUGAUAUGUUUAUUAUGCACUCUUAUCUUCAAAUGUUCGUUUUUUUUUACCUCACCCGUUUUAUUUGAUCUUUCUGGUAGUAAUAUUUGGUCUAAUAUUCUUAUCGGAAUUAUUGUUGCUAUCUCUAGUGGGUUAGCAAUUCUCUAUCGCAUCAAUGUGUCUCGCGGCACCAAUUGUACAUAUAUUUAUUACUAG